CAGGUUCUGUUACCAGGGGCGACGGCCACAACAAGCCGGUUUCUUAGCUUCCCAGAGAGGGUGAGGACAUGGCAGGUCGGACCCUAGCUCUGCGAUAUGGGCCCCCUUGGUCCCCCAUUUCUGAAACUGAGGUCCUUGGAACCUGGCCCAACUGGCAUCUGACCAGCAGCGGGGUCGCCCACCACAGGAUCCCACCGGUGUCCUUUCUUCCGCCUACUCUCCAGUCUGUGGUCAAGGCGCCCCUGCCUGCAGUCUCGAAGCAGGAGCCACACAUCUGGGCUUUCGACGAAGUCAUCAGCAGAUGGGAAACCACUUCAGGCUCAGCACACACACCCAAGCCACGUGGUGGCCCCUGUGCUCAGCCCAAGGCACCAGAGCAUGAGGACCCCAGGCGGACACUUGGCAUCAAGUCUUUGGCAGAAAAGCUAAGAAGACACGAGGGACGGGGUGUCCCCCUGAUCACAAAAUACCAGGUCAGUGAGAUGAAGGCACAGUACAAGGGCUUGCCAGAUCUGGAUCAGAGUGCCCCCCUCUUUGUGGAGCCCCAGUCCCUGGAGUUUAUUGACCACCAUCGCGGGGGACCUUCUCAGGCCCUCAUCCCCUGGACGAGGAACCCCGAGAUGGCUGGCCAACCCUUCACAGUGAACAAGAUGGGCGUCCUAGAUCGGCUCCAACCCUAUCUGACCACUUCCGCACGUGACUUCACAAGGCACUUGUCUGGAUAUCCCCACCAGAAACCAGUGAUGGGCCAGAGCUGGCCGAAGAAGGCAUCCCGCCGAAAGCUGGAAAGUUCACCGAGGGUGCGCCCAGCCUAUGCGCGCCCGUCGCAACCGGUCGUGCCGUAUCUGAGAACCCUAUCUCUGACCCGGGAGUCCUACGGACCCUUGGCGCACCCACUCUGUGGGAUGAACCGCUUUUGCCCAGUAGACGCACGCUGGGGCGGCCCCCAUUGGAAGCCAGUGACCGGCCUCUACAGUGUACCCAAGGCCUACUGCACUGAGAAUUCCCGCUACGGGAGUACCAGGGCGGAGCUGGUGUGAGCGUGCUAAGCCCACCCACCACGCAAACCUCGGCAUCGGAUUUGUGGGCGGGCCAACCCAGACACACCCCUUACUUCCAGAGGUUCCUCCUGGUGAAAUUUACUGAUCAAAAAGUUUUAUAGCUGAAA